AUGAAGGUGUUCCGGGGUGGCGCGAAACGAGGACGUACACAAGAGGAAGAAGUGGUCAGUGCAACGUGCUUGGUGCUUGACAGGAGCCUUGCACGUGCUCAGGGACCUCGAGCAUGUCAGGUCUCCUGUCUCGUCACGACAAAGGAUGGCGAAGACCAAGACACACUGUCCAAGACCGAGACUGUGACGCAAGAACAAGGUUCCAAACAGAAUUGGGCUAAGAAGUCGCUGUUUUGUUUUUACACAGAAAGCUACGCUGCCUUUUUGGUGCGUGAUGCUGGAGCGCGUCAAGUGCGCUCAGUACAAGUUGUAAUCAACCAAGGCGAAGACCAGGACAAGAAGGAACCAGGACAAGAAGGAAGAAGCGAAGAACAAGAGGAAACCAGCGAAGAACAAGAAGAAACCAGCGAAGAACAAGAGGAAACCAGCGAAGAACAAGAGGAAACCAGCGAAGCAACGUCCACAACGCCCGGACAUUCUUGUGGAGGAUCAGGUGGUAAUUCGGACGGACGAUCUAGCGGAGAACCCGAAGCAGACUCAGAUACUUCUUCCGGGGGCACAUCAGGUUCUUCCCAAGGGGGAGGGUCGGGCGGAGGUUCUAGUUCUUCGGAAGAAGGAGGAUCUGGUGGAGAAUCCGGAGAACAAUCGGACAGUUCCUCCCAAGAGAGUGAAUCGAGUGGAAGUUCUAGUGACUCUUCAGAAGGAGGAGAAUCCGAUAGAGGAUCAGAAGGCCAAUUAGAGAUUCCUUCCGAACACAUGUCAGGUUCCUCCCAAGAUGGCGGAUCCGGCAGAGGUUCUGGUGACUCUUCAGAAGAACCAGAAUCUGGCAGACGAUCUUGA